AUGGUUGCUGGAAUGCUGAUGCCCCUCAACCACCUGAGGGCCAUUUAUGAGCGCCUAUUCCGUGAUGGUGUCAUGGUGGCCAAAAAAGACAAGCGUCCCCAGACAAUGCACCCUGAGAUACCUGGGGUUCAAAACCUACAGGUGAUUAGGGUGAUGGGUUCCCUGAAGUCCAGAGGGCUUGUAAGGGAGACUUUUGCCUGGAGACAUUUUUAUUGGUACCUUACUAAUGAAGGCAUCGUCUACCUGCGUGACUACCUACAUCUGCCAGCCGAGAUUGUGCCCACUCCGCUGCAAAGAGUUCGCCGACCAGCUGCUACUCUGUCCAUUGUGCAGAGGGCUGCAAAAGUGCAGACGGUAGAGGGCCCGACGUCUUAUGUCCCCAAAGUAGGUAGAGAAAGUGCUGAAAACCAGGAAAGGCAAGAGUACCGCCGCAGAAGGACGCACACUGAGGAGGAGGCUAUGCCUAGUGAUAAAACAUCUAGAUUUAGAGGUCGUCCAAUUGCUGGUGAUCAUAUCAAAUCAAGUGCAUCAUGGGAAUCAAAAGAUCAAGUCAGGGGCAUGUCUCACUAUAGUCAAGAAGUGACCUAUAGUGCUGUGAGGAAAACAACAACAGAUACGACAUCCUAUUGGACAUCUGGUAAACCCAGCAAUGCACAGUCUCAGAUGAAGAUGGUGUCUCAGAACUACACUGUGAGUGGUGAGACAGCUUUAAAAGCAGAUACACCAAAAGCUAUGCUAAGUGCUAAAAUCCCAGCACAAAUUGCAGCUGCUAGCGUAGCAGCUACAGGUGCAAUGAUGGUCGCCAUGUCUCAACAUGAAACUCCUAAACUCAAAGAAAAAGCUUCUGCUACAAUUCACCAGGAACUUACCAGUGAUGGUUUUCUGCUUUCUUCCUCUAAGAAACAAGUAAAAAGAACAAUGAAAACUGCAGAGACGAAAAAUGUUGUGGAGCAUUUAGUCAAGGAUGAAAGUACAUCAUCAGCUAAGGCAUAUUCUGCACUUCUGGAGGAAGUGAAGCCAAAAUCAAAAGCAAUUACUCUGGAUCUGGAAAAAAGUGAGAAUGUCAAGGUUAAAAUGGAGAAUGAAUUGCUUAUUACAUCUUCAACCUCUGCUGGAUCACAUGUAUUAAAAAAGAACACGGACACAACGGUGAUAAAGAAGGAAGUUGCAGUAGCAGCCACCAAUGCAGGGAAACUCAAGGACGAACUUUCCAUUAGGGAACCAAGCAGGACUGCCUCUGUGCCUUCUACCACGACGAAACUGGAAGAAAAGACCCUGAAAGAUUCUACUGUUCAACCAGUGGAAGUGAAGCCAAAGUCAAAAAUAAUAAUUGAUGCUGAGAAAAGUGUGGAUAAAAGUAUUGAGGAAAUGAAAAAGAAAGAACCUCUCAGUAAAUCUGCAGGCUCCACAUUGGCACGAGUAUCUGAAGACAAAACGAAUGAAGAUAAAACAGCAAUAAGUGACGCAGUUGCGCUAGAGGCCACCAUUCCUCCCAGCAAAGAGGGUAAACCAAAAGAAGAAUUCACUGCUGUGAUUCAACAAGAGCUCAUCACUAAACAGGAAACUAAGGGCAGCUCUGUCCCUUCCUUUCCUAAAAAACAAGUGGAAGAUACACUAAAAUACACUAAAAGCAAGGGCGUUUCAACAGAAACAAUUUCCACAUCAACAGCUUCUCAUAGUCAGUCUGUGGAAUUAAAACCGACGACAAGUAAACAAGUAAACAAAGAUGCACCUGAACUUAUAGAAGUGGUUUCUGCUAAGGUCCAAAAGGAACCCUGUCCACAGGUGAUAGAUCCGCUGAAAGCCACUGAGAAAAAUAAUGCUGACGAGCAUCAAGUCAAGGAUGAGAUGUGUAAAAAUACAGAAACAAUCUUCACCUCAUCAGCUUCCGCUAUUCAGCAUAUAGAACUAAAACCAAAAGCUAAAGUCGUUACUGAUGUAGACCUGGAAAAAAGCAAAAACACCAAGAAAAUAAAGGACAUCAGUGGAUUCUCAGGGGCACCUGUAAUUGAAGAGAACAAAGACAAAACCGAGAAAAGUGAUACAGUUGCAGUGACGUCAACCAUGUCCUCCAGCAAUGAUGGUUCUACUACAGUUCAACAAGAACUCAUCGUUAGCACAUCAGUCAUGGAAACAAAUGUGCCUCCUUCCACUAAUAAACAAAAGAAAAAGACACCAAAAAUUAAAGAGACCAAGAAUGUUCAGGAGCAUCCAGUCGAACAGGAAAUAAGCAAAGAUGCAGAAAUCAUCCCCACAUUAACUUCUGAUGUUCAGAAAACGGAACUGAAGCCACAGUCAAAAACUAUCACCGUAAUCAAGUCAGCAGUGGAGACCAAUAUGUCUUCUUCACCUCAAAAAGAAGUGGAGGAAACACCAAAAAACACAGAGACCAGGGUUCCUCAGGAGCAUCCAGUUAAAGAAGGAACUACCAAAAAUAUAGAAACCACACCAACAAUGUCUGCUUAUCAGUCAGUGGAAGAGAAGCCAAGCAAAGUGGCUCCUGUAUCCAAAAAGAACAAGGGGACAACAGUGAUGAAGGAAGCAGGUGUGGUUGGGACACUUUUGGCUUCCAGAACAUCAGAUAUACUUGAAGAAGGGAUUUUUGCAAAUGUCCAACAGGACACCUGUGUUAGCCAGACAAGCGAGGACACAUCUCCACAUUCUUCUUCUGAAGAACAGAAACAAGAGACAUCAAAUACCACUGAGAACAAGACUGUUCAGAAGCAAUCAGAUAAGAAUGAAACGCCUCAAAAUAUAGACUCAAUCACCAUCUCAUCAGCCUCUUCUGUUCAGCAAAUAGAGCUGCAACCAAAAGCUAAAGUCGUUACUGAUGUAGACCUGGAAAAAAGCAAAAACACCAAGAAAAUAGAGGACAUCAGUGGAUUCUCAGGGGCACCUGUAAUCGAGGAGAACAAGGACAAAACCAAGAAAAGUGAUACAGUUGCAGUGACGUCAACCGUGUCCUCCAGCAAUGAUGGUUCUCCUACAGUUCAACAAGAACUCAUGGUUAGCACAUCAGUCAUGGAAACAAAUGUGCUUUCUUCCAGUAAAAAACAAAAGAAAAAGGCACCAAAAACUAAAGAGACCAAGAAUGUUCAUGAGCAUCCAGUCAAAAAGGAAUCCAGCAAUGACGCUGAAAUCAUCUCGACAUCAACUUCUGAUGUUCAGAAAACGGAACUGAAGCCACAGUCAGAAGCUAUCCCUGAUGUAGACAACAAGGACAAAAAGACUAAAGAUCAGGUUAGCGCAUCUGUCGACUCUGCAGUGCCGCCUGUGUCCAAAAAGAACAAGGAGACAACAGUGAAAAAAGAAGCAGGUGUGGUUGGGACACUUUUGCCUUCCAGGGAAUCAGAUAUACCUAAAGAAGAGAUUUCUGCAAAUGUCCAACAGGACACCUGUGUUAGCCAGACAAGCGAGGACACAUCUCCACAUUCUGCUUCUGAAGAACAGAAACAAGAAACAACAAAUGCCACUGAGAACAAGACUGUUCAGAAGCAAUCAGAGAAGAAUGAAAUGUCUCAAAAUACACAAUCAAUCUUCACCUCAUCAGCCUCUGCUGUUCAGCAAAUAGAGCUACAACCAAAGACUGCAGACAUUACUGAUGUAGACCUGGAAAAAAGCAAAAACACCAAGAAAAUAGAGGACAUCAGUGGAUUCUCAGGGGCUCCUGUAAUCGAAGAGAUCAAAGACAAAACCGAGAAAAGUGAUACACUUGCAGUGACGUCAAUCGUGUCCUCCAGCAGUGAUGGUUCUACUACAGUUCAACAAGAACUCAUCAUUAGCACAUCAGUCAUGGAAACAAAUGUGCCUCCUUCCACUAAAAAACAAAAGAAAAAGACACCAAAAACUAAAGAGACCAAGAAUGUUCAGGAGCAUCCAGUCGAAAAGGAAACCAGCAAUGACGCAGAAAUCGUCCGCACAUUAACUUCUGAUGUUCAGAAAACAGAACUGAAGCCACAGUCAGAAGCUAUUCCUAUAAUCAAGACAGCAGUGGAGACCAAUAUGUCUUCUUCACCUCAAAAAGAAGUGGAGGAAACACCAAAAAACACAGAGACCAGGGUUUCUCAGGAGCAUCCAGUUAUGGUGGAAACUACCAAAAAUGUAGCAACCAAAUCAACAAUGUCUGCUAUUCAGUCAGUGGAAGAGAAGCCAAGCAAAGUGGUGCCUGUAUCCAAAAAGAACAAGGAGACAACAGUGAUAAAAGAAGCAGGUGUGGUUGGGACACUUUUGCCUUCCAGAACAUCAGAUAUACCUAAAGAAGGGAUUUCUGCAAAUGUCCAACAGGACACCUGUGUUAGCCAGACAAGCGAGGACACAUCUCCACAUUUUUCGUCUGAAGAACAGAAACAAGAGAUAUCAAAUACCACUGAGAACAAGACUGUUCAGAAGCAAUCAGAUAAGAAUGAAAUACCUCAAAGUACAGAAUCAAUCACCAUCUCAUCAGCCUCUUCUGUUCAGCAGAAAGAGCUACAACCAAAGACUGCAGACAUUACUGAUGUAGACCUGGAAAAAAGCAAAAACACCAAGAAAAUAGAGGACAUCAGUGGAUCUUCAGGGGCACCUGUAAUCGAAGAGAACAAGGACAAAACUGAAAAAAGUGAUACAGUUGCAGUGACGUCAAACGUGUCCUCCAGCAAUGAUGGUUCUACUACAGUUCAACAAGAACUCAUCGUUAGCACAUCAGUCAUGGAAACAAAUGUGCCUCCUUCCACUAAUAAACAAAAGAAAAAGACACCAAAAACUAAAGAGACCAAGAAUGUUCAGGAGCGUCCAGUCGAAAAGGAAAUCAGCAAUGACGCAGAAAUCAUCUCGACAUCAACUUCUGAUGUUCAGAAAACAGAACUGAAGCCACAGUCAAAAACUAUCACCGUAAUCAAGUCAGCAGUGGAGACCAAUAUGUCUUCUUCACUUCAAAAAGAAUUGGAGAAAACACCAAAAAACACAGAGACCAGGGAUGCUCAGGAGCAUCCAGUUAAGGAGGAAACGACCAAAAAUAUAGAAACCACAUCAACAACGUCUGCUAUUCAGUCAGUGGAAGAGAAGCCAAGCAAAGUGGCACCUGUAUACAAAAAGAACAAGGGGACAACAGUGAUAAAGGAAGCAGGUGUGGUUGCGACACUUUCGCCUUCCAGAACAUCAGAUAUACCUAAAGAAGAGAUUUCUCCAAAUGUCCAACAGGACACAUGUGUUAGCCAGACAAGUGAGGACACAUCUCCACAUUCUUCUUCUGAAGAACAGAAACAAGAGACAUCAAAUACCACUGAGAACAAGACUGUUCAGAAGCAAUCAGAUAAGAAUGAAAUGCCUCAAAAUACAGAAUCAAUCACCAUCUCAUCAGCCUCUUCUGUUCAGCAACUAGAGCUGCAACCAAAGGCUAAAGUCGUUACUGAUGUAGACCUGGAAAAAAGCAAAAACACCAAGAAAAUAAAUGACAUCAGUGGAUCUUCAGGGGCACCUGUAAUCGAUGAGAACAAGGACAAAACCGAGAAAAGUGAUACAGUUGCAGUGACGACAACCGUGUCCUCCAGCAAUGAUGGUUCUACUACAGUUCAACAAGAACUCAUCGUUAGCACAUCAGUCAUGGAAACAAAUGUGCCUCCUUCCACUAAAAAACAAAAGAAAAAGACACCAAAAACUAAAGAGACCAAGAAUGUUCAGGAGCGUCCAGUCGAAAAGGAAAUCAGCAACGACGCAGAAAUCAUCUCGACAUCAACUUCUGAUGUUCAGAAAACGGAACUGAAGACACAGUCAAAAACUAUCACCGUAAUCAAGUCAGCAGUGGAGACCAAUAUGUCUUCUUCACCUCAAAAAGAAGUGGAGAAAACACCAAAAAACACAGAGACCAGGGAUGCUCAGGAGCAUCCAGUUAAGGAGGAAACGACCAAAAAUAUAGAAACCACAUCAACAACGUCUGCUAUUCAGUCAGUGGAAGAGAAGCCAAGCAAAGUGGCACCUGUAUACAAAAAGAACAAGGGGACAACAGUGAUAAAGGAAGCAGGUGUGGUUGCGACACUUUCGCCUUCCAGAACAUCAGAUAUACCUAAAGAAGAGAUUUCUCCAAAUGUCCAACAGGACACAUGUGUUAGCCAGACAAGUGAGGACACAUCUCCACAUUCUUCUUCUGAAGAACAGAAACAAGAGACAUCAAAUACCAAUGAGAACAAGACUGUUCAGAAGCAAUCAGAUAAGAAUGAAAUGCCUCAAAAUACAGAAUCAAUCACCAUCUCAUCAGCCUCUUCUGUUCAGCAACUAGAGCUGCAACCAAAGGCUAAAGUCGUUACUGAUGUAGACCUGGAAAAAAGCAAAAACACCAAGAAAAUAGAGGACAUCAGUGGAUCUUCAGGGGCACCUGUAAUCGAUGAGAACAAGGACAAAACCGAGAAAAGUGAUACAGUUGCAGUGACGACAACCGUGUCCUCCAGCAAUGAUGGUUCUACUACAGUUCAACAAGAACUCAUGGUUAGCACAUCAGUCACGGAAACAAAUGUGCCUCUUUCCAGUAAAAAACAAAAGAAAAAGACACCAAAAACUAAAGAGACCAAGAAUGUUCAGGAGCGUCCAGUCGAAAAGGAAACCAGCAAUGACGCAGAAAUCAUCCCCACAUCAACUUCUGAUGUUCAGAAAACAGAACUGAAGCCACAGUCAGAAACUAUCCCUAUAAUCAAGUCAGCAGUGGAGACCAAUAUGUCUUCUUCACCUCAAAAAGAAGUGGAGGAAACACCAAAAAACACAGAGACCAGGGUUGCUCAGGAGCAUCCAGUUAAGGUGGAAAAUACCAAAAAUGUAGAAACCACACCAACAAUGUCUGCUAUUCAGUCAGUGGAAGAGAAGCCAAGCAAAGUGGCUCCUGUAUCCAAAAAGAACAAGGGGACAACAGUGAUGAAGGAAGCAGGUGUGGUUGGGUCACUUUUGCCCUUCAGAAAAUCAGAUGUACUUGAAGAAGAGAUUCCUGCAAAUGUCCAGCAAGAAACCUGUGUUAGCCAGACAAGCGAGGACACAUCUCCACAUUCUUCUUCUGAAGAACAGAAACAAGAGACAUUAAAUACCAUUGAGAACAAGACUGCUCAGAAGCAAUCAGAUAAGAAUGAAAUGCCUCAAAAUACUGGAUCAAUCACCACCUCAUCAGCCUCUGACAUUACUGACGUAGGCCUAGAGAAAUGUAAAAAGACAAUGGAAAUAAAGAAGUCUUGCAGAUCUUCGGGCUUCUUAGAUUCAGCUGUUACCGAAAAGAAUAAUGACAAAACCCUGGUAAAUAAUACAGUUGCAGAGUCAACAGCUAUUCCCCCCUGCAAAGAGGUAUGUGCAACAGUUCAACAGGAACUCACCAUGAUCAAGUCAGCAGUGGAGACCAAUAUGUCUUCUUCACCUCAAAAAGAAGUGAAGGAAACACCCAUCAUUCAGGAGCAUCCAGUUAAGGAGGAAACUACGAAAAAUAUAGAAAUAAAUAUAGAAACCACACCAACAAUGUCUGCUAUUCAGCCAGUGGAAGAGAAGCCAAGCAUGGAACCACCUGUAUCCAAAAAGAAGAAGAAGACUAAAACUGGGAUGAAGGAUGUGGCUGCAGUGCCAAGCGCCAAUCUUCCCAGCGAAGCAAGUAAACAUGAAGAGGAGUCGUCCACUGUGGGCCAACAGGAACUCACCAUUAGCAAACAAUACAAGGAUACACAUGUGCCUUCUUCCUCUGAAGAAAAGACCAAGAAUGUUCAAGACAGUUCAUUACAGAAUGAAAUGAUCAAAAACACAGAAACAAUCUUAACAUCGAAUGUUACGCCCAUGGAAUUAAAGGCAAAGUCUAAAGAUGUCAGUUAUUUAGGUUCUAGUUCCAAGCAUUUGCAAGAAAAAGACUCUGCAGUGCCACCUGCACCAAAAAAGAAUGAAGGUACCACAGAAAUUACUGAUGUGGCUGAGACGGUUAAAGAAAAAGCUGUGGUAAAUAUUGUACAGCAAACAUCUAAAACAUCUUUGGAGGAAAUUGCUACCAAGCCUGGGACUGAAUCAGAAAAACCACCCACAGAAACUUUGACUCUGGAAACCAGCAUUGUUCUUAAGAGUAAGAAGUCUCAGAAGACCACAACCAUUAAAGAAAUAAAAGACACCCAAGUGACAUUAGAAGAAAUUCCAUAUGAGGUAACAUCUACCAUUGCAACCAAGGAGUCUGAUCUCAGUCUAGCUCCUGAAAUCUCAGACGUGGCUAACGUUACUCAGAAAAAAGUUACCAUCCAUAAGAAAAUAACCAUUGUGGAACAAACCACAACAUCAACAAAAGCAAUUGAGGUAACCAAACCUGAGCUAACAUCAGCCGAAGAAACGCUAAUAGAAAGCUCAGAUAAAGAUCUGGAUAAGAAAAAAAUUAACGUUGCACCAAAGCCUUCAAAACGGAAAGGGAAAAAGCGGCUGAUAGUAAAACUCAGCCCCAACAUGGUUCUAAACCACCUUUAG